CUGCCCUGGCGGAACCCUUGGCCUGUCUGGCUCAUGGAUGGGACCUGUUGUCGCCCGUUCCAGUCGGUUCCAGAAUUCUAGUGAUUGGGGCUGGCAUCAUCGGAAACCUGUGGGUCUCGGUGCUUCACCUGCAUGGGCACCGCAAGGUUACUGUGUCUGAGCCCAACCAAACCCGGCUCAACUACGUGAAGAAAUUGGAAACUGGUUUCAAGUUGCUCACUCCGGAUCAACUGAGGAAAAACCGAGACGCUGAUCCGAAUUACGCCUUCGAAGUGGUGAUCGACUGCAGCGGGUUCUGUCCAGCUGUUGAGUACGGCCUCUCUCUGCUGACCAAAGGGGGAAAGUUGUGCUGCUUUGGAAUUGCUCCGCCUGAUAAAACCAUCAGCGUGUCACCUUUCGAGCUGUAUGCCAGGGAAAUAACUAUAUUUGCGGUCAAUGUGAACCCAUUCAGCAUGGUCAAGUCUGUCGGGUUCAUCGAGGCAAUGGGUUCCAGGUACAUUGACUAUGAGAGGCUGGGCGUCCAAGUUUUUCCGUUGGGCAGCUACCAGCAGGCCCUGGACCUGCUCAAGACUGGCACCAUCGCAAAAGCGAUAUUCCAACUGUAAUUGUGAAAUGCGUGUUAUUGAAUUUGCUUAAUAACCGCUAGUUUACUGUUCAAUUAAAGUUAAAUUUGAAUAAAAAACACAACUGGUUUAAUAA